AUGUCUCUACAACUGCUAAACCCAAAGGCCGAAUCUCUGAGGAGAGAUGCCGCUCUCAAGGUGAACGUUACAUCUGCUGAAGGUCUGCAAUCGGUGCUGGAAACCAACCUGGGUCCUAAGGGAACUUUGAAGAUGUUGGUGGACAGUGCUGGAAACAUCAAGCUAACCAAAGACGGGAAAGUACUGUUGACAGAGAUGCAAAUUCAAUCUCCUACUGCAGUCAUGAUAGCCAGAGCGGCAGCAGCCCAGGAUGAGAUUACAGGUGACGGAACAACUACAGUGGUAUGUUUGGUCGGCGAACUGCUGAAACAGGCCUACAGACUUAUUCAAGAGGGCGUUCAUCCUAGAUUAGUAACAGAUGGCUUUGAAAUCGCACGUCGCGAGGCCCUAGAGUUUUUAAACGGCUACAAGAUAGACAAGGCCGCAGACGAAAUGGAUCGCGAAUUUCUGCUACAAGUAGCGAGAAGCUCUCUUUCAACCAAGGUGACGCCAGAUCUCGCUGAAGUUCUCACGCCCAUUGUCACCGAUGCUGUCCUGAGCGUUCAGAAUGGAGAUAGCCGUUCAUUGGAUCUCCACAUGGUAGAAAUCAUGCAAAUGCAGCAUCUCUCGGCCAAAGACACUAGCUUCAUCAAGGGUUUGGUCCUUGAUCAUGGUGGAAGACACCCUGACAUGCCAACGCGAGUUGAAAAUGCUUAUGUAUUGAUUUUGAACGUCUCUUUGGAAUAUGAAAAGACUGAAGUCAAUUCUGGUUUUUACUACAGUUCUGCCGACCAAAGGGAUAAACUUGCUGCCAGUGAAAGAAAAUUUGUGGACGAGAAACUGAAAAAAAUCAUAGACCUCAAGAACGAAGUAUGUGGCCUGGACUCCAAGACAGGGUUCGUAAUCAUCAAUCAAAAGGGUAUUGAUCCAAUGUCGUUGGACUUGCUUGCAAAGCACAACAUCCUAGCUCUUAGAAGAGCAAAGAGACGUAACAUGGAGAGACUGCAGCUUGUGACGGGCGGCGAAGCACAAAACUCAGUGGACGACCUAUCUCCAUCUAUACUGGGGUACUCUGGCCUCGUGUUUCAGGAAACCAUUGGUGAAGAGAAAUUCACCUACGUCACUGAGAACAAAGAUCCCAAGUCAUGUACCAUUCUCAUCAAAGGGGCCACUUUCCACGCUUUGAAUCAAACAAAAGAUGCUGUAAGGGACGGUUUGAGAGCUGUUGCCAACGUCUUGAAGGAUAAGUCCGUCGUCCCAGGUGCUGGCGCAUUUUACCUUGCUGCUUCUAAUCACCUAAGGAAUGCUAACGCCAACAAGUUAGGAGCAAAGGGCAAAAAGAAAGCUGGUGUAAAUGCAUUUGCCGAGGCUUUGCUUGUAGUCCCCAAGACUCUUAUCAAAAACUCAGGCUAUGAUGCCUUGGAUGUGAUAGCAAUGUGCCAAGAUGAACUAGAUGAGAAUGCUGACAGGUUGGUGGGUGUUGAUCUAAAUGUUGGCGACUGUUGUGAUCCUACAAUUGAAGGUAUCUGGGACUCUUACCGCGUAAUUAGAAAUGCCAUUACGGGAUCCACUGGUAUUGCCAGUAAUUUACUCCUGUGUGACGAGCUCUUGAGGGCAGGAAGAUCUACCUUAAAGGAGGGUCCACCACAAUAA